AUGACGACUACAUACCUAGGGAAGGAACAUGACAAACGAAUUGGAUCACGUAUUCCACGUAUCGGCAUCGAAGCACUGGGUGUCGAGAAUUGUUAUGAGCGUUCUUCACACCACCUGUUGGCCAAUGCUUGCCGGUUUCCGUCGUCUGCACUUGCCAACUCUCUUCAAUGGGAAGAGGUUGAGAUCGGCAAAGACGGGAAACUUAACCAGAAUUCAACACAGUUCAAAAUCUUGAAGGCUUCCUGGAGAGAAACGGAAAGUGCUAAGGACAAGGCAGCUCCUCCGGCUGUGCAAGAUCAGUGUAAAGUACAGGGCUUCAACUUUUAG